AUGGGAAACCCACCGCAACUACCUCCCUUUCCUCGACAGAUAGGCAUAGUUCCGCAUUUCUUCGCUAGGCAAUCCGAAACGUUAAUUCUAAAAGAAAAAUGCUUGUCGCUAUCGGGAAACAGCUUCGACGUCAGCCUCCCGAACGGUCAGCCCAUCUUCAAAGUAAAGGGCGAGUCCCUCUCGUUCUCCAGCCGCAUGAACAUCACAGAUACAAGCGGAAACUUCCUGUUCUGUAUCCGCAAGAAGCACUUGAGCAUACACACGACGUACUACGCCGAAAAUUCCAAUGGCGACGAGAUCUUCGAAGUGAGGAGUAAAUUUAGGUUGGGCGGCUCUAAGUUUAUUGGUACAUUUACUUCGGCCUCUGGUCAGCAGGAGGAGCUAGUGAUGAAGGGUGACUGGACCGAUACGACAGCCGAUAUUACGGACAAGGCCACCGGCCAAACCGUCGCGUCCGUUUACCGUGAUCGCUGGAAUGCGCGGGAGUUCCUAGCCGACCAGCAGACUUAUAACGUUACUAUCGCGCCGAACGUCGACAUGGCUAUCGUUGUCGCAAUGUGCAUCUGCCUAGACAUGAAGAGGAAUGAAGCUCCGUAG